AUGCGCGGUCCUAGAUUCAACGCGCGAAUGGGCAGAUGUCGCCACUGCGGCGAACAGCUGUCGAAGUUGCUCUUUUGGGGUCGGCCACCCGGCGGAGCGGCGAACACCGUUCGUUGCGUAAACAUUUACUACGUGGAACUUUCCAGACCCUUUGUUCCAUCGUCCGCUGGUGCGAAAGCCUCGUGGAAAGUUCUAGAAGCUCUGUCGGUGCUCUAUGUGAUGACCGCCGCCCAUGCAUACCUUUAC